AUGGCUUCCGCCGUGAACAGUCUCGGAGAAGGCCUCAGUGGCCUCUUGGACAUCUUCCGGAAGCCACUCGAGGGCGCCAGAAACCACGGCGUUGGCGGCUUCGUCACAGGAAUCGGGAAGGGAUUGACAAGCUCUGUGAUCAAGGGCGUCAAUGGGGUGGCAGACGCGGCAGCCGACCUGGGCCGUGGGGUGAUGGCGGAGGCUAGCAAGAAGAUCAAGCCCCAACACGGCACUACGCUCCGAGUGCGCCACCCUCGCGCCCUUUACGGCCCGAUUGGUGCAAUCAUGGACUUCUCAGAGCUAGACAGCCACGUCAUGGCGCACCUACAAAAGUCCGGCGAAAUCAGCGAACCUGUGGAGGCCAUUGUCCCGCUCUUCAGGUGGCAGCCGCAACAGAUGCAAGAGGAGGACUCCAGCGAGGAGGAGGAGAGACCCGUUCCGGUCGAGAGUGUCGAGGUCAUGGUCCUGGCACGGAAGUCCUUUUGGAUCGCUGAAGUGCCUCUUACGAGGAUUACUCCGGUGCGCUCCUUCUAUCCAGAUGCUGGGCGCAGUUAUGGUCGGCCAGAUGAGGUGAAAAGCUUGCUGGUGUCACGCCUCGUGCCUCUGGCUCGGGUACAGCCCGACCCAAAUGCCGGCAGUCCAAGGAUCCACAGGCAAUUCCCGAUUGCCGCGCUGAAAUCUGUAAAGUGGGCACAGCGACAGAAUGGGGCCCGUCCGGAUCUGCUGCUGGAGUGCAUGUCGCAAGUUUAUUCCAUCAAGAUGCCGUGGAGUUUGGGCGGCGAGCUCCCAAAAACCAUCCUCAAAGCUUUGGCGGAUGCCAUCCAUGUUGGGAAAAUUCAGGUUGAAGAAAUUUCCGACGUUCAAACGGAGCCGCUUGGCGGGUACAGCACCAUGAGGCGUCGUUGCGUCAUGGUCACACCAGGAUGCGCCGACGGCAGUGCCCGUCUCUGUCCAGUCGUGUCCGUGGGCCGUGGGACACCGUAA